CAAAAUCUGGACGCGUGUUCCCUGACUUGCUCCCUGCGCAGGUCUCAGAGUGCAGUGCCUGUUCUUCUCCCGAAGGUUCCCACUGUCCUCAGACACGCUGCUCGCUGCCGAACGGACGAGGUCUCCAGAGAUUUCUCUUCUUUGCAGCACCCAACCCUGUGGAAUCACUUAAUCCCCAAGAAUGAACAUGCAGGAACAUAAUUCGUCUUUGGUGAGAGACUUAUCCUACUCAGACUUGGUCAUCAAUGUAGGAGAAGUGACUCUUGGUGAAGAAAACAGAAAAAAGAUGCAGAAAACUCGGAAGAACGAAGAGAGGGAGAGAGUCGCACAGGCUGCAUGCGCUUUAUUAAACUCCGGAGGAGGAGUGAUCCUCUUAGAAGUGGCCAACAAGGAUGACCAUCCUGUGGAGCCGGGACUGGAUUUGGAAGCCUCUUGGAGAGAACUUAUUCAGUCUUCAGAUUUGCAUACUUUCUUUGAGACCAAGCAACAAGGGAGGUGCUUUAGCAUUUUUGUAAAAUCAUGGAGCAGAGAGCCUUUCUCUGAAGGCAGCUCCAUAAAGCCCCGCAUUUGCAGCCUGAGUUCUUCUCUGUACUGUAGAUCUGGCACCUCCGUGCUUCCCAUGACUCCAACAGAAGCCUUCAGGUUCCUGAAGACCAAGAAAAGAGCUGCAGAAUGCCGUCCGGUUAACAAAGGCGCUGUGCCACGUAAAAUCCUCACAGCUGUAUGUCACAACAUCUCUGAAUCUCACCACGUCUCUGAAUCUGAUCUUGCUUUUCAUAUAUUCCAAAGAGACGGGCUUGAAUAUGGUGAAAUCCUGCAUCUUCCUGAGUCCCAGUUGGUAGAGUUCAAACAAUUCAGUACAAAAAACAUCGAAAAAUAUGUGAAAGAAACAAUUCCAAAGUACAUCUCUGCAUUUGCAAAUGGUGAGGGAGGCUAUCUUUUUCUUGGAGUGGAAGAUAAAACUAAGAAAGUCCUGGGGUGUGUAAAAGAAAAUGUUAAUCGUGACUCUUUAGAAAGAGUCAUAGCCACAGCAAUCUCCAAGUUGCCCAUUUUCCAUUUCUGCUCUCCCAAAGACCCUGUGGGCUAUGAGACAAAAAUCCAAGAUGUGUUUCUCAAGGGAGUGUUGUACAGUUACGUCUGUGCGAUCAGAGUGAAACCAUUCUGCUGUGCAGUGUUUGCAGAAGCUCCCAUUUCGUGGAUGGUGAAGAAGGAGCAGGUGUGCAGGCUGACAACCGAGGAGUGGGUAGAGAUGACAAUGGACCCAGACCCAUUAGCAGAGCUGACCAAAGAUUUUGAAUCCCAGCUGAGUCUGUCCCAUGGGCCUCCAUCUUGUAAACCAGUAUAUUCCAGGAAAGGUCUGGAACACAAAGAAGAUCUCCAACAACAUUUAUUUCCAGUGCCACUAGGACACCUGCAGUACACUCCUGAAUCCCUCUGGAAGGAGCUGUGCUCAGAGCACGAGGGGCUGGAGGAGUUACUAAGUAAGGAAAUGCGUCCUUUCUCCCGAGGAAUUCUGAUCCUUUCCAGAAGCUGGGCAGUGGACCUGAGCUUGCCUGCCGAGCAGGGCGUCAUCUGCGAUGCUCUGUUGAUAGCAGAGCGCAGCCCCCCCAUUCUCCACACCAUUCUCAGGGAGCAGGAUGUGGACGGGCAGCACUAUUGCACUAACAUGGCCUUGACUUUGAAGCAGAAGCUGGUGAAUAUGGGGGGCUAUACAGAGAAGGUGUGCGUCAUGACCAGAGUCCUCUGCCUGCGUGCCAAGAACCAUGCCGAGCCCCUGCAGAGGUCAGGCUUUCCGAUAGACUACCCCUUGUCCUACAGCUUUGCAGACACCCUGCACAUGGAAGCCUUUCUGCAGUCGCUUGUGGUGGUCCUGCUUGGCUUCAGAUCUUUCCUAAGUGACCAGCUCGGCUGUGAGAUUCUAAAUCUGCUCACCUUACAACAGUAUGAGAUAUUCUCGAAAAACCUGUGCAAGAGCAGAGAAUUGUUUGUGCACGGCUUACCUGGCUCAGGGAAGACAAUCAUGGCCGUGAAGAUCAUGGAGAAGAUCAGGAAUAUGUUUCACUGUGAGGCAAACAGAAUUCUCUAUAUUUGUGAAAACAAGCCUCUACAGGACUUUAUCAGUAAGAAAAAUAUCUGCCAAGCAGUGACCCGGAAAGCCUUCAUGAAAGAGGACUUUGAAAAUAUUCAACACAUUAUCAUUGAUGAAGCUCAGAACUUCCGCACCGAAAACGGGGACUGGUAUAACAAGGCAAAAGCCAUCACUCAGCGAGAAAAGGAUCACCCAGGAAUUCUCUGGAUCUUUCUGGACUACUUCCAGACCAGCCACUUGGACUGCAGUGGCCUUCCCCUUCUCUCGGCCCAGUAUCCAAGAGAAGAACUCACUAGAGUAGUGCGCAAUGCCGAUGAUAUAGCCUACUACCUGCGAGACAGAAUACACGAGAUCAGAAGAAAGCCCCCACCCAACAUCCCCUCAAAGUACCUAGAGAUACUUCCGGAAGCGGAAUGGGUUCGAGGUGUUCAGGGAACCUUGAAAAUUAAGAAAGACUUGACUCGGGAUCAAGUAGUAACGUAUGUGGCAGAUACCUGUCGGCUUCUCUUUGAAAGGGGAUACUCUCCCAGAGAUGUUGCUGUGCUUGUCAGCACCCAGAGUGAAGUGGAGUGCUAUGAGUAUAAGCUCUUGAUAGCAAUGAGGAAGAAAAGGAUUGUGCAGCUCAGCAAUGCGUAUGACAUCUCAGGUGACCACAUUGUGUUGGACAGCGUGCGGAGAUUCUCGGGCCUGGAAAGGAAUGUCGUGUUUGGGAUCCAUCCAAAGACAGUUGACCCAGCCAUCUUACCCAAUUUGCUGGCCUGUCUGGCUUCCAGGGCAAAAAAGAAGCUCUAUAUUCUCUGGCUUGGUGACUGUUAGGAAGAAUCACAAGCCAAAAUGAGAGGAGAUGAUUGCUAUGGAAACGUUGGUGGGUGAUAGUCUGGUACUAGCAAGAACUUUUUGAUUCACAAGUCAGCUAGAGGUUUGGGCAGAGUUGACAUGUGGAAUUUGGAACUGCCUCCCUCUGACCCACUCUGUUCAGGGAUACCCCUUCUGGUUCUUUCUGGCAGCUAUGGUUAUGCUGAAUUCUGUCCCCAGUUCUCCCAGCCAGAAAGAUAGUGGUUUCCUGUAGGUGCUUUAUGCAGCUUGCGCGAUGCAGACCUGUGUCCAACACUCUGGGAAAAGCCAUAAAAACUCCUCCUGUGGCCUUUCUUCCAAGCCUUUCUUUUUUUCAGUGAUUUCAUGCAGUUUGUCUUCUGAAAUGUUCCAGAGUUUUCCGUUGUUAUCUGCAGAAGAGUGAUCUGUCGGCCGGCGCCGCAGCUCAUUAGGCUAAUCCUCCGCCUGCGGCACCGGCACCCCGGGUUCUAGUCCCAGUCGGGGCACCAGAUUCUGUCCGGGUUGCCCCUCUUCCAGGCCAGCUCUCUGCUGUGGCCCGGGAAUGCAGUGGAGGAUGGCCCAGGUCCUUGGGCCCUGCACCCCAUGGGAGACCAGGAGAGGCACCUGGCUCUUGGCUUCGGAUCGGUGCGAUGCGCCAGCCGUGGCCAUUGGAGGGUGAACCAACGGCAAAAGGAAGACCUUUCUUUCUGUCUCUCUCUUUCACUGUCCACUGUGCCUGUCAAAAAAAAAAAAAAAGAA